GUUGGACAGGAUUUCAGAAAGUCUAAGAAAUAGAAGAGAGCAGAGUCUUUUUAAUUUACUGUCAUCUAAAACAAUAAAAGAAAAUGACCCUGGUUUCCCAGGGAACUGAAAGGCAGGUAAAUGCCUUUAAAAGCUCCAGUCGGUCAGCUGAGCCACUUCACAAGAUGGAUCGCCAUGAGUAUCGAAGUCUGUUAAAGAAAAUGUACAUGCCUUUUGUGAGAGGUCCUGAUGACAGACACGAUUUUGCCAGCUUCCAAGAGAAAGACAGUAAUUCUUUUCUUAAAUUCAAUCCUUACAGCCCUCCCGUGGGGCCAGAUUACCCUUUAUUCCCACACCGGGACAAUGUGCCUUUAGCUGAUCCCUGCUCAGGAUUCAUGAGCCCAGGAGCAGAUGCUGAUUUGCAGCCCUACUGUGGCAGAACCAUUGAGUCACUGGUGGAUUACAGUGAUGUGAAACCUCACCAGCGAGUCCCCCUCCCAGAAAAGACUGCACAGACUACACACACAAGGCAUGUGGUCCUGUUGGAGGAGGUGAGCCAGGACAGACGGUGGAACUCCAGGGCAGUGUCAGAUGCUUCUAUCAGGGCAAGACUUGGAGAAAAUGACAAUUUGUCAAAACUGAAACUGUCGCGGGAAAGGGUUCAUUUUGAUGAAUCUCCCAAUUCAAAAAACACUCCAAAUAUCCCUGGAUACACUGGCAAGGUUCAUUGGACAGCAACCCACCCGGCAAAUUCUAAUCUUCCAUCAACAUCCCCAUCAAUAAUUGCACAAAUGCAUGGAUACAUAGCAAAAUGUGGCCGCUCGUCUCGAUUUAAUCACCAGGGCCCUUUGUCUCAAAUACUUACUCCAGUUUAUCCUCAAAAUUCUUUCAACAAGGUGGAAAGAGAAACUAUUAAGGUUUAACAAGAACCAGUCCUGCUACCACUAUGACUGAGAGUCCCAGUGGCUAAUGGUGGGAAGGAAGGAAAUGUGUGAAAUACGUACACCUUAAAAAUGGGACCAUAGUAAAAGAAUACAGAAGUGGGUGUCUGUGUGGACGUGCUAGUCUUUAUUACAUGUUUUUACUAUACCCAAUAUUUAUGACUUGCUAUUGUUUAUGGUUAAAAUAAUUUGAGAAGCAGGAGGACUCUUCACGGUUUGAACUAUAGUUACUGUAUUAAAUUGCAGUAUUAAGAGAGAAAGUGAUGUGUAGAAAGACUACCCAUAAAUACUGUAUUACAUAUGCAGUGUAGUCUGUGUAUAUAACAUUUUUUCAAUUUAUUAAAAAAUAGUCAUCCUUUGUGCCUCUCAACAGUAGCUCUCAAAGUGCUUUACAAAGAUGGGUAUCAUAGGGUGAGAUUCUAGGCUAUGCCUCUUGGAGAUGCAGCACAAAACAGCU